AUGAAGAGGUGGAUUUCGACCUUGCUUCUGUUGGGCUUGUCCCUAUGGACAGCCCAGGCGUUGGAGGUCAAACUAGAUCAAGCCGAGGAGAAUAGACAACGAUGCGCCGGAAUGUACAGCAAGAACGCCUGGGGAGGGCCCGUCGACCCCUUUAUUCAGGUGGUCUUUCCGAAUGUAACCAUCCAAGGCGAUGCCGACCCUAUCGUAAGCUUGGUCAUCUUCGAGUGGAAGGACGAGGACUACAUCGGAGUCCGCAACCAAGAGAUCGAGUUGCAAGAGUUCAUAUGCGACCCUGCUGCUGUGAACGCCGGAGCCUGCAACGAGACCGACAUUGGCGAAUUCAUCAUCUCCGGCGAUGCUACCGAGAAGUCGGGCAACUACAUCUUCACAAAGGCUGUCCAUCUCAAGUCGUCGCCGCCCAUGACCUACCCAAUAACGAAGACGGGAUACUACUGUGUUAUGACAUACCCCUACUCGACGGAUAAGUACGUGGCCGCUGCCGAGUUUCGCGAGGCCUACGGCGAGCUUCCGGCUACCCAGAUCCCCAAACUUCCGUUCUAUGGAGGAAUUACCAUCCUCUAUGCGCUUGUUGUAGUAUUCUGGGCUUUCCUAUACUACCAGCACAGAUACGACAUCUUGCCUGUUCAGAACUACAUUACGGCUAUUUUGGUCUUCCUCGUCUUCGAGAUGUUGAUGACUUGGGGAUUCUAUGACUACUUGAACCGUAACGGCACUAACGUGGGGGCAAGGAUCCUCCUCGUCGUUGUUGCCGUUCUAAAUGCCUUCCGCAACUCCUUCUCCUUCUUCCUGUUGCUUAUCGUGUGUAUGGGAUAUGGUGUUGUCAAGCCAUCUCUUGGAAAGACCAUGACAUACGUCAGAUACCUGGCGAUUGCACACUUCGUGUUUGGCCUAGUAUAUGCUGUUACUAGUCUUGUGAUCUCACCAGACACUGCUGGCCCCUUUGUCCUCCUCAUCGUGCUCCCCCUUGCAGGCACUCUUACAGCCUUCUAUGUGUGGACACUCAACUCGCUCAACUUCACUCUCAAGGAUCUUCGUGAGCGAAAGCAGACGGUGAAGGAGACGAUGUACCGAAAGCUCUGGUGGUGUAUCCUGAUCUCGAUCAUGGUCAUUUUUGGGUUCUUCUUCUUCAACUCCUUCUCGUUUGCUAAUGCCUCGGAUCCUGACUACGUGCCCUUCCACUGGAAGAGCCGCUGGUUCGUACUCGACGGCUGGCUGAACUUGGUCUACUUCGCCGAUGUGGCCUGGGUUGCAUACGUGUGGCGACCAACCGCAAACAACCGCCGCUUUGCCAUGAGCGACGAAAUCGCCCAGGACGAGGAUGGCGGGUUCGAGUUUGCUGAUGUUGGGAACCCUGAUGACUCGGAAGAGGACGAGGAGGCGAACGUAGGCAUCAAGGGCUCGAACAACGCAAGCUCGAGGCCCGACUCCAAUGCAGCCUCAUCAGGCGCCCCACCAUCGUAUGGCAAGGGGCCGGCCAAGUCUGCGAGCCCGAGGGACUCGUUCGAAGAUGGAGAUACCAUCUUCGCCGUGGGUGAAGACGGAGACAAAUUCAGCGAUGACGAGGAGGAGGAUUCGAAAUUGGUCAACAGCAAGAAAUAG